GGGAAAAAAAAAGAGGAAAAGAAGAUUGAAUCUGGAUAGAAGGGAGAGAGGCAGCGCAUGACCGCAGUUGAAUCCCCUCGGACAAUUAGAUCCGUCCAGGGCUGUCUCGGAUUCAUUCUACACACCAGAAUCUGAUUUUUAUUAUAAUAUAUAUAUAUAUUACUGUGAAAAAAAGAAAGAAACGAUUUUGAUGAUGGAAUCAAACUUGUUGAGGUGGCUUUGUUAUUAUUCCAUCUUCAUCUCUCUGACGCUUUCGGCCUUUGUUGGUGAUCAUCAUCAUGGAGUUUCCGCCGAAGGUGUUAAGCCUCACGAAGCUAAACAGCUUAGAGACGAGGUACGGGAGAUGUUUUAUCAUGCCUUUGAUGGAUAUAUGAACAAUGCGUUUCCACUCGAUGAGUUGAAACCUUUGUCCUGUCAAGGAGAAGAUACUCUUGGAGGCUAUGCGUUGACUCUGAUUGACUCGUUGGAUACAUUAGCUUUGCUUGGUGACCGAGAGCGCUUCACUUCUUCUGUUCAAUGGAUUGGUAAACAUCUUCAGUUUAAUAUAAAUAAAACUGUAUCUGUGUUCGAGACAACUAUCCGAGUCCUUGGAGGUUUGCUAUCUGCUCAUCUGAUUGCAAGUGAUUAUGCAACGGGCAUGAGAAUUCCAUCUUAUGACAAUGAGUUACUAGUCCUGGCUGAGGAUUUGACACGGAGAAUGCUUCCUGCAUUUGAUACACCCACUGGAAUCCCAUAUGGAUCUGUUAAUUUGAUGUAUGGUGUUGACGAACAUGAAAGCAAGAUAACCUCAACUGCUGGUGGUGCUACUUUGACUUUGGAGUUUGGCGUGCUCAGUCGUUUAACAAAUGAUCCUGUUUUCGAACAAGUUGCAAAGAAUGCGGUGAGGGGACUAUGGGCACGUCGUUCAAGUCUCGACUUAGUUGGUGCUCACAUCAAUGUCUUUACAGGUGAAUGGACACAGAAGGAUGCUGGUAUAGGAACAAGUAUUGAUUCCUUCUAUGAGUAUCUCCUCAAGGCUUAUAUACUAUUUGGUGAUGAGGAAUAUUUAUACAUCUUUCAAGAAGCCUACGGGUCUGCAAUGCACCACCUUCACAAGGAUCCUUGGUAUGUAGAGGUAAAUAUGGAUUCCGGAGCUAUUGUUUGGCCAGUUUUCAACAGCCUUCAAGCUUUCUGGCCAGGACUUCAGGUAUUAGCAGGAGAUGUUGAUCCGGCGAUUAGAACUCACACUGCCUUCUUUAGCGUCUGGAAACGAUAUGGUUUCACUCCCGAGGGUUUCAAUCUUGCUACGCUUAGUGUCCAGUAUGGUCAAAAGAGUUAUCCACUGAGGCCGGAAUUAAUUGAGAGCACAUAUUGGCUAUACAAAGCUACCAGGGAUCCCAGGUAUCUUGAUGCAGGACGUGACUUUGUGGCAAGUUUGCAAUACGGGGCAAAAUGUCCUUGCGGUUACUGUCACAUCACAGAUGUUGAACUUCAUAAACAAGAAGAUCACAUGGAGAGCUUCUUCCUCGCAGAAACCGUAAAGUACUUAUGGCUGCUGUUUGACUUAGCUGUUGACUCAGACAACCUUGUUGACAAUGGCCCUUACAAGUACAUCUUUAGCACUGAAGGUCAUCUAUUACCAUUAACACCGCAAAUAUCUCUAGCUCGAGAACACUGCUCAUACUUAGGCGGAUAUUGUCCACGCAAUGCCACAAAGUUAGGACAACAAGAAGAGUAUAGUAACGAUGAUCAUCAAGUCCCUGGAAUCGAGCUUGGUCAUCAUCACAGUAACAUUUAUCCUUACCACGAGUCUUUUCCUGUUACCGGUUUAAUAAAGGGUUUAUGUCCAAGACUAGCUCAUGCUCAGAAAUACGGUUUGUCUUAUGUUUUGCCUGAGAAGACAGAACCUGAAGAUGUUAAACGACCUAAACCGGUUAUUACAAGCCGCUCCAUUGUAUUGGUCUCUGAUCAAACCGUGGCAAAGAGACCACAAGAAGAAGGUUUUAGGAGUAUCUCUGAUGGUGGUAGUAGUAGCAGCGACCAAACCGGUCAAGAGUUAACCUUGUUAGAGUCAGAAACUGAUGAUAAAAGAGUGUACUCUUCUUAGUGUCCCCUCUAAUAUAUUCAGAUGUUCCAAAAGGAAAGAUUACAAUUUUGCUUUAUCUGAUCUGCCUUUUAACA